AUGAGCGACUGGGGUGCUCGCCUCAAGCGUGUUCAGGAAGCUCAGUUGAGCGAGGAGACCGAAGAGAUUCCCGAUGUGAGCUUGGAAAUCCUGAAGAUGGAGACACUGACCUUCGGUCAGACCUAUGUGGGUCGCACGUACGAGGAGUUGUGGAACCAGCACCCAAGCUGGAUCAAGUGGUUCUACCAGCACUACAAGAACAGCACGAAGGCUGCCCACAAAAGGGUCAUCAUGUUCAUCGAGAAGCGCAUUGCCGAAGCAGAAUUGUCAGGACCGGUGACAUCACAGUCACCAGUGACACCAGCUCCAAAGAGCCUAGCAGCACCCAAAGUGAUGCCCACGCAGCCGAAGGCCAAAUCCAUGCCAAGAUCAUCAGCGGAGGAAGAGAUCGAGCCCGAGCUACUGAUGGAGCCAGGCAAUCCGUGGCCUGCCACGGAAGACCGCCUGAUGAUGCAUGGAUUGCAGCAAAGGGUCCUCAACAUGGAGAACGCCAUUCACCAGAUCCUGUCCCAUCUCACUCCGGCCAAUGCGGCAGUGCCGACAGUUGCACCAUCAGUGAUGUCCGCGACGGAGCUCAUGAACGAGUGGGACGAUCCCUGGAAUCCAUGA